AUGACGGCAAACUCGGAUAAUUCCUCGGGGUCACCGUCACCACCGAGUAACACGUCGUCGUCGCCGCCUCCCUCCAGCCCGUCGGGGCCACCGCCCAAGUCACCCGGCUCGAACUCGCCACCGUCUUCGCCGCCCACACCGUCGCAAUCUCCGUCGCCACCGGUACCGUCGCUGUCGCCUCCAACAACGGCGACGCCGCAGAAUGGCAGCGCGUUGCCACCCCCGGCGCCAGCAGCGGAUAGAGCCUUGCCGGCCGCGCCGUCGAGGCAGUCCCCGUCACCACCGGCGGCGAAGCGCAGCGGCGGUGAGUCCGACAAGAGCGGCCGCAGCAAGAGCGGUGGCAGCAGCAACGGGUCGCCGCCGGUGGCUGCCAUCGUGGCCGGCGUGGUGAUCGGGGUCCUGGCCUUCGGCCUGCUGAUGUGCAUCGCGGCGUGCGUGUGCUGCACCAAGAAGAAGAAGAAGAAGCCCCCGCGCAUGAACAUGCCCUACUACACCGACGAGCACGGGAACGUGUUCUACGCGAACAGCAUGCCCAAGUGGCAGAACAGCGGGGCGAUGAUAGACCACGGCGGCGGGGGCUGGCACGCGCCGUUCUCGCCGGCGAGCGCGGACAUGAGCGGGUCGCACGGGCCGGGGCAGCUGCCGCCGCCAUCGCCGGGCAUGCCGUCGCUGGGGUUCACCAAGAGCUCCUACUCGUACGAGGAGCUGGCGUCCGCGACGAGCGGGUUCGCGUCGGCGAACGUGCUGGGACAGGGCGGGUUCGGGUACGUGUACAAGGGCGUGCUCCCGGGCAGCGGCAAGGAGGUGGCGGUGAAGCAGCUCAAGGCCGGGAGCGGGCAAGGCGAGCGCGAGUUCCAGGCCGAGGUGGAGAUCAUCAGCCGCGUCCACCACCGCCACCUCGUCUCCCUCGUCGGCUACUGCGUCUCGGGCUCCUCCCAGCGCCUGCUCGUCUACGAGUUCGUGCCCAACAACACCCUCGAGCACCACCUCCACGGGAAGGGCGUCCCGGUGAUGAACUGGCCGACGAGGCUCGCCAUCGCGCUCGGCUCCGCCAAGGGCCUGGCUUACCUGCACGAAGACUGCCAUCCCAGGAUCAUCCACCGUGACAUCAAGGCAGCCAACAUCCUUUUGGACGAAAAUUUCGAGGCUAAGGUCGCGGAUUUUGGACUUGCCAAGCUGACCACGGACACCAACACGCACGUCUCCACGCGCGUCAUGGGAACUUUCGGGUACUUGGCCCCGGAGUACGCGUCGAGCGGCAAGCUCACGGACAAGUCGGACGUGUUCUCCUUCGGCGUCAUGCUCCUGGAGCUCAUCACCGGCAAGAGACCCGUUGAUCCCACAAACUACAUGGAGGACAGCCUGGUCGACUGGGCGAGGCCCCUCUUGGCGCACGCCUUGUCCGAAGGAGGCAACUUCGACGAGCUGCUCGACCCGCGGCUGGAGAACAGGGUCGACCGGCUGGAGCUGGAGCGCAUGUGCGCCUCCGCCGCCGCCGCCGUGCGCCACUCCGCCAAGCGGCGCCCCAAGAUGAAACAGAUCGUUCGCGCUCUGGAGGGCGACGCGUCGCUGGACGACCUGAACGAAGGGGUGAAGCCGGGGCAGAGCAUGAUGUUUAGCUCCAGCUCCGAGUACGACUCCGGUGGCAACUACACCUCCAACAUCAGCAGGUUCAGGAAGGUGGCCUUCGAGAGCAGCGAGUACAGCAACGACUAUAGCGCCACAAGCGAGUCCGGGGAGGCGGCGGCGACCCGUCGACAGCAACAUUACUGA